CAGCAGCUCUUAUAGUAAAACAUGACGUGUUUAAUACUUAUUUUCCCCACUGUACAUUUAUUUUAUUUUAACAGUGAUCUGCAUUAUUUUGCAUUCUCUAAGUGAACAAUCAGAUUCAUUAAGACCAUUCCUGCUGACUUUAGCUCAUAUCUAUAUUUCUGUCCACAGGCGUGUCUCCCCCUCCUGGAGCAGUGCUGGUGUUGCACUCGUUGCUUCUUGAGUUUCCAUUGGCGAUGGUUUUCACUGAACAGCUGCUAACCUACAGUGUAGGAGAAACCAUAGAGCGCUCUGAGGAUGAGCUGGACACGGUGCCCACUUCUGUGCUCAUUCAGGUCGUGGAGCUGCUAGGACGGGACCAGCAACCAGAUCCUGUGGUCCCCACGAGCCGCUUUAUUGAGCUGAAGACACUGCUCGUGAGCAAUCUGCACCCAAUGGUCACCGAACAACAGCUUAUUGAAAAGUUUGGUGCAUUGGGGUCCAUCUCGACUGUGCAAGUGUGCAGAAACAACAUCAUCUCUCCUGCUUAUGCCUUUGUGACUUUCCAUCAUCGACGUGAUGCAGUGCGAGCACAAAAAGCUCUGAACUUCACUGAUUUACUGAAUAAACCUCUGAUCAUCAUGUGGGGUCCAGACAAGACAAUUGAGGUCCUCUCAGAUAAUGACAGCAGCUCUCCAAGACAAACAGAGGAGAGAGAGACAGCUGGAGAAACAGAGGAGAGAAAGACCAGUGGAGAAACAGAGAGAAAGGCCGCUGGAGAUACAGAGGAGAGAAAGACCAGUGGAGAAACAGAGAGAGAGGCCGCUGGAGAUACAGAGGAGAGAAAGACCAGUGGAGAAACAGAGAGAGAGGCCGCUGGUGAAACAGAGGAGAGAGCGAACAGCGAGUCUUCAUGGGGAAGAAGGAUCUCCAACAAUGUGAAAAGUGCUGUGAAAGCUGCGGUGAGCAGUCCAGCAGCCUGGGUCGGAGUCGGCAUAGGUGUCUGUGCUGCUUAUGCCUACUUCAGGAGCAGGAGCUAGUGUGGACACUUUCUAAAAGACGAGAAGGCCUGCCUCACGAUCUCCACUCAUCAUCCCCAGAGUGACCAAUCACUGCUCCAGAAAGAACUUGAUUUCCCCAGCAGGCCAAACACUUGCAAUAAAUGUGAAUUGAAUAAAC